AAUGGAUGACAUGUUUGUAGGUGUGGCUUUACGUUCACCGAACAGUGGCACUUUAAAGUUGACAGGUUCUACUCAUGUCCUCGGUCACGCAUGUGGUCACAGGCGCUCAGGCGAGGGGUCAGAUAAAGUCAGAGAGUUAAAGAAAUAUUGAAAAUCUGUCCAUCAUAGUCAGAAAGAAACUCACAACCUCUCCAAGUUCCCUUCCCCUACUGACAUUGAGCCUCGGAAGGAAGAGACCAGUGCUAACUAGAAUGUCAUGAAAAAUCAAACAGCUUCCAUGAAGAACCCCAAGUGGAUUCACAGACAGAUUUCAUAGCUGUUCCUGUGUGACUUAAGAGGGGAAAAGCGAGGAUGGUAAUGAUGGAGACCAUCUGCAGAUACUAUUAGUUAACUCCGACCUCUCCACCAGUAACAUCUGCGAUUCUGACCUAACUGGAGGCCCUUGACUAAGCUGAGAAAAUCCCUUACAUUUGAGUGAAAUCACUGUUAAAACAGGAGAAAGCAUGGCCAGGGAAGGGAAGAGCAAGCCCACUUGGGGGAAGCGCAGCUUGGAGCGUCUGCAGUCCCACGGUUUAAGGAAAAUCUGUAAUGUUUGACUUUGUAACUAUUUCUUUUUUUCUCUUUUAUACUGAGAACACUGCAGUGCUGAAAAUUUUCACUGAUUUAUUUAUUUUUCACCUUCUGUAACUUAAGAGUUUUCUUUCUGGGUGCAUUGUCACUGAGAUGCCGCUAUGCGUAGGGAUAUUGCUCACUUCUCCCUGUCUCAUGUGACCUGCAUCUGAGAACACGUGACAACAAACCCGCCCAUCCGAAACAACGUUCUGUCUUCAGCGAGCCUCCCACUGGCCCCGCAAUUCACUCACACAGAGAGGGUGGUGCUCGAACCCACCCACAUUUCCUGAUUGGCCAACAUUCCCGCCGCGCUUUCCCUGCUUGGAGGACCAGUAGCCCCAGCUCGGUCCUCCAGUCCCGCCCCUUGCGUGUCACUGGCCGUGUGACGUAAUCCGUUAAGCGGGACGAAUACUGCAGCAUGCGCACAGUUAAAGGAGGUUGUGAGAAUGCGCGCUAUGUUCGGAAAGAAAUUUUGCGUCGGCGUGUUGUUUUUCUCAGAUUAUUUAACAAUUUGAGAACUGAAUCAAAAGCGAGAGACAGAGCAGCCAGACCAGAAGUUUCCAAAAUACUCUGCACCUCCUUAGAGGAUUUUCAUCCAAUAGUUAUAAGAACAUGGGUGCUGGUCGACUCCAUUGAGGUUCAUAGUGACGCCAUUCAGAGCAAGUGUUGGUUGCCCGAGGAAUUCUGUCUCAUAUUGGUUCGAGAAUCUUUUCACUGUGUCACAUCAGUAAAUGUCCCCGAGAGCAUCAGAGUCAAUCUCCCAGAGCUGUCAGACGAUAGGAAGCUAAAGUAGUCCCUCACGCUGCUCAUGGGUACCUUUACAUUUCCAAAGCCUACCGAUCCAAUCACUGUGGCUUUGGAGAAUGGCAAGGAAACAAAACAACAAAACACAGUCACCAGCUUUGUAGAUCUUAGAAACACUUUGGCAAGCGGAAUCAGAGUGCAAUGAAGGGUACAUUGUCCAACUGAGCAGAGACAGUAAAGGCACCUUCCCCUUCUUUCAGGGGAACUCUGAAUAUUCUCGGGGAUUUUGCUGUUAUCACUGUCAGUAAGAAUAAAUCCAGAUUCCCUGACCAGGAAUCCAACCUGUACCACAGCGGUGAAAGUGGUGAAUCCUAUCAGGUAUAAAGGCGGAGCAUUUCCAUUGUUUCUUAAUGACACAGCUUUUGGCUCUUUUUUUUAUUCAUUGGAGAUAGGUUUUUUCUCGAAGCACUGAGAUGCAGAGCCAGUAGAGUGCAAUCUGAGAGAGAAAGAGUCUCAUGCAUUAGAAACUGCAAUGUAAUAGAUGAUUGGAUAGUCUGUGUAUGAAAACCAAGACGUAACUAAACAGAGGUGAGGGGAUCAUGUGCAAAAAGAUGGGAGAAUGCAAAGCCGAAUCAGACAGUGCCAAAAGUGAUAUAAACAUAGAUCUUUCCUGGUAGCCUAGUCAUUAUGAUUCAGUGCUUAUAAUGCAAUCACCUGUUAAUAGUUACCAUUUACAGUAAUCAAUACGAAAUUCUACUUGAUCUUUGGCAGCAGUAUGAUUCCAUGGACCAGUCAGAACAACUUCCCUGCCUGCUGCAGUUCCACAUCAGCAAUAUCAGCAGCAAUUACCUGACGUGCAAUUGGUUUAAAACAAGAACAGAGCAGACAUCAGUUAAAGGGAAGGACAAUGAUGGUUUGUGAGGGUGACUGGGGCCUAGUGGAGCCAGGGUCACUGUGAGUGCUGCCGACCAGUUUUCCUGGUUAUCCAGUUAGACAGAUCACUCCGGAUCAAUUAAUCACAAUGACUCUCCUUUAAUGGGUGGAAUAGUGGCUCAGUGGUUAGCACUGCUUACCUCACAGCACCAGGGACCCGCAUUCAAUUCCCGCCUC